AUGUCCUCGUCCUCACCCUCAAUUACAACUGCAAACCCAGCGCAAAAUAUUUACGACGAUCACUCCUUCUUCGCCGCAUACAGUACCUUGCCACGCUCUGAACACGGCCUCGCUGGCGCCCCAGAAUGGCCUGUCCUGCGAGAUAUGAUCACGGGCCCGUCCUCUGGCAUGCAAGCUCGGCGUAUACUAGAUAUUGGAUGCGGAUACGGAUGGUUUGCGCGGUGGGCGAGAGACCACGGUGCCAUGCACGUCAGGGCGAUUGAUCUCUCUGAGAAGAUGAUUCAGCGGGCGAAAGAGCUAGAUGCAUCUCACGGAGUGAUCGAUUAUCAGAUUCAAGAUGUGGAAACGUUUGCCCCGAGCGAUCACGAAAGAGGAGAAUAUGAUUUAGUCUACAGCUCGCUUGUCUUUCACUAUAUUGAAGAUUUAGGUAGGCUCUUGAGAGAGAUUCGAUCUUGUCUGGUCGGUUCUUCGCACACUUCUUCUUCUGAUUCCUCGUUGUCUGAAUUCACCACGCCUACGACAAAGAGGAAAGGAAAACUCGUCUUCUCAAUCGAACAUCCUAUCUGCACGGCUCCGAUCUCGCCUCCUCCGGACUGGGCCGUCGUUGGUGAUGAAACCCACACGGAACGCAAGAUUUGGCCACUCAAUAACUACAGCGAGGAAGGGCUCCGUCUAACGAGUUGGCUGGGUACAGCGGGAGUGAGGAAAUACCAUCGGACUGUCGAGACGUAUGUUUCGUUGUUGCUGGAGAACGGGUUCGUGUUGACGGCGUUGAAGGAUUGGGUGCCAAGUCUGGAGGACGUUAGGGAUCAUCCAGAGUGGAGGGAGGAGAGGCAUAGGCCGUAUUUUUUGUUGGUUGCGGCAGAAAUUGCAUAG